CACCUCACUCCCUGAUACAUGAGGAAAUGGAUGAACAGAAGAUCCGAGAACUCAUCAACAAGAUGAUGGAGCUGCUGACUGGAGAGGUUCCUAUAAGGUGUCAGGACGUGGCGGUCUAUUUCUCCAUGGAGGAGUGGGAGUAUGUAGAAGGACACAAGGAUCAGUACAAGGAUCAGGUCAUGAUGGAGGAUCAGCAGCCCCUCACAUCACCAGUCAGAUCCAGUAAGAGAACAGCACCAGAGAGGUGUCCCCGUCCUCUUCUUCCACAGGAUGAUCAGGGUGAAGAUCCGAACAAUAUUAAUGCUCCAGAGACAGAUGUGAGCGGUGAUGAACAGUAUAAGGAGGACAUUCCUACAGGGAAAGAUCUGAACAAUAUUAAUGCUACAGAUAUGAAGGAAGAAGAAGAGACAGAUGUGAGCAGUGAUGAGCAGUAUAAGGAUGACAAUCCUACAGAGAAAGAUCUUAUCUAUAUUAAAUCUACAGACAUAAAGGAAGAAGAAGAGACAGAUGUGAGCAGUGAUGAGCAGUAUAAGGAGGACAUUCCAACAGGAAAAGAUUUGAGCAAUAUUAAUGCUACAGAUGUGAAGGAAGAAGAAGAGACAGAUGUGAGCAGUGAUGAGCAGUAUAAGGAGGACAUUCCAACAGGAAAACAUCUGAACAAUAUUAAUGCUACAGAUAUGAAGGAAGAAGAAGAGACAGAUGUAAGCGGUGAUGAGCAUUAUAAUGAGGACAUUCCUACAGGGAAAGAUCUGAACAAUGUUAAUGCUACAGACAUAAAGGAAGAAGAAGAGACAGAUGUGAGCGAUGAUGAGCAGUAUAAGGAGGACAUUCCUACAGAGAAAGAUUUGAUCCAUAUUAAUGCUACAGACAUAAAGGAAGAAGAAGAGACAGAUGUGAGCGGUGAUGAGCGGUAUAUGGAGGACAUUCCUACAGGGAAAGAUCUGAUCUAUAUUAAUGCUACAGACAUAAAGGAAGAAGAAGAGACAGAUGUGAACGGUGAUGAGCAGUAUAAGGAGGACAUUCCUACAGGGAAAGAUCUGAUCUAUAUUAAUUCUACAGACAUAAAGGAAGAAGAAGAGACAGAUGUGAACAGUGAUGAGCAGUAUAAGGAGGACAUUCCUACAGAGAAAGAUUUGAUCCAUAUUAAUGCUACAGACAUAAAGGAAGAAGAAGAGACAGAUGUGAGCAGUGAUGAGCAGUAUAAGGAGGACAUUCCUACAGGUAACCGCCCAGAUUCUUGUACCAGGAGAUCAGAGGAGAAUCUUAUAUCUUCAGAUUAUAAAGCAGAUGAUGAUAUCACACAAGAUACAUAUGAAGAACAUUCCAUUAUCCCAGAUACACCCUCAGCCCUUCACAGCCAAGAUCUGUCAUCUCAUCCUUAUAUACAGGUCCCGUCUUCUCAGUCAUCACAGGAUGUUCAACAAAAUAAAGGUCAUAGAAGAGGUGUUAAAGAUAAAAGAGCUCAAAGAGGAAAGAAGCCAUUUUCAUGUUCAGAAUGUGAAAAAUCUUUUACUUCUAAAUCACAUCUUGUUCAACAUAAAAGAACUCACACAGGGGAGAAGCCAUUUUCAUGUUCAGAAUGUGAGAAAUGUUUUAAUACGAAAUCAAAUCUUAUUCAACAUCAAAUAGCUCACACAGGAGAGAAGCCAUUUUCAUGUUCAGAAUGUGGGAAAUGUUUUGCUCUGAAAUCAAUUAUUGUUCAACAUCAAAGAAUUCACACAGGAGAGAAGCCAUUUUCAUGUUCAGAAUGUGGUAAAUGUUUUACUCAGCAAUCAAAUCUUGUUAAACAUCAAAGAAUUCACACAGGAGAGAAGCCAUUUUCAUGUUCAGAAUGUGGGAAAUGUUUUACUCAGCAAGCAAAUCUUGUUAAACAUCAAAUAAUUCACACAGAAGAGAAGCCAUUUUCAUGUUUACAAUGUGGGAAAUGUUUUACUCGGAAAUUAAGUCUUAUUGGACAUCAAAGAACUCACACAGGGGAGAAGCCAUUUUCAUGCUCAGAAUGUGGGAAAUGUUUUAUCCUGAAAUCAAUUCUUGCUGUACAUCAAAGAACUCACACAGGGGAGAAGCCAUUUUCAUGUUCCGAAUGUGGGAAAUGUUAUACUGGGAAAUCAAAUCUUGUUCAACAUCAAAGAACUCACACAGGGGAGAAGCCAUUUUAAUGUGCAGAAUGUGGUAAAUGUUCUACUGGGAAAUCAAAUCUUGUUAAACAUCAAAGAACUCCCACAGGGAAGAAGCCAUUUUCAUGUUCUAAGUGUGGGAAAUGUUUUACUCAGCAAUCACAUCUUAUUAAACAUAAAAGAACUCACACAUCUAUAUAUUAACCAAGUACAUAGGAUAGUUGACAGUAAUACAUACUUAUAUAUAUUUAUACAAUAUAUGCUUCAUCUCCAAACAUGUUAUUAAUUUUUAAGAAGUUUUCUUUCUUAUUAUUUAUUAUUCUUAUAUUCAUCUCCGCACACUGGACUUAUAAUAAAUGUAAUAUUGUCCCUGACGUUGUGUAUAGGGAAUGUAACGCGUCAGUGUUGUCCCCGCCCCCAUCUCAUUAUGAAUAUAGAGACUUUAGUUCAAACCAUCGGUGCAAAAAAAGUUCCCAGUUCAAAAUUUGAGAAACCUGUUUCAUGUCAAAAUUUCUUUAAAUCUGUUAGAUAUU